AUGGCUACUCGUUUGCUGAAGAUUAGAAGCGUUCUUCGCACAUAUUCCAGUAAAACCAGCUUUGUAAAGAUAUCAAAACAAUGGCAGUCAACUGCUGCUUCUCUGAAAGAAACACUUAUCAAUCAACCAGCUACGAGAGUUACGACUUUGGAUAGCGGAAUGAGAGUUGCCAGUGAAGAUAGUGGAGCUGCAACAGCCACUGUUGGUCUUUGGAUAGAUUCUGGCAGUCGAUAUGAGACAGAUGACAACAACGGUGUUGCUCAUUUUAUGGAGCACAUGGCUUUCAAGGGUACUGCUAAACGAUCUCAAACUGAUUUGGAAUUAGAAAUAGAGAAUAUGGGAGCACAUCUGAAUGCUUACACAAGUCGAGAACAAACAGUAUUUUAUGCAAAAUGCUUGUCACAGGAUGUACCAAAAGCUAUUGAGAUUCUCAGCGAUAUUAUACAAAAUUCGAAGCUAGGUGAAAAUGAAAUUGAAAGGGAACGUGGCGUUAUCUUGCGCGAAAUGCAGGAAGUUGAAACGAAUUUACAAGAAGUUGUAUUUGAUCAUUUGCAUGCCGCUGCGUAUCAAGGUACAGCUUUAGGACGGACAAUACUGGGGCCUACUAAAAAUAUCAAAUGCAUUUCGCGAGAUGAUCUUGUUGAAUACGUGAAAACUCAUUAUGGACCAUCUAGAUUUGUAUUGGCUGGCGCUGGCGGUGUAGAUCACAAUCAAUUAAUCGAGCUUGCCGAUAAGUAUUUCGGCAAAAUGACAGAACCGGAAUAUGAUGUUAUACCAGAUUAUAUUAAAGCUUGUCGCUAUACUGGUUCUGAUAUAAGAGUUCGUGAUGAUUCGAUUCCUCUCGCCCAUAUUGCGAUCGCAGUUGAAGGUGCUGGAUGGGCUGAGGCAGACAACAUUCCUCUUAUGGUCGCGAAUACUCUUAUAGGAGGAUGGGAUCGUAGUCAAGGAGGAGGCGUAAAUAAUGCAAGCAAUUUAGCUAAAGCUUGUGCAGAACAAGGCUUGUGCCACAGUUAUCAGAGUUUUAACACAUGUUACAAAGAUACAGGACUUUGGGGUAUAUAUUUCGUUUGUGAUCCCAUGAAAUGUGAAGAUAUGUUAUUUUGUAUUCAACAAGAAUGGAUGAAACUGUGCACGGCAGUUACUGAAAAAGAUGUUGCACGUGCAAAGAAUAUUCUGAAAACAAACAUGUUUUUACAGUUGGAUGGAACUACUGCCAUUUGUGAAGAUAUUGGCCGACAGAUGCUUUGUUAUAAUCGCCGUAUUCCACUCCAUGAACUCGAAAUGAGGAUAGAUAGCGUAACUGCUGAAACUAUUCAAAAUGUUGGUAUGAAAUACAUUUUCGAUCACUGUCCAGUAGUCGCAGCAGUUGGUCCUGUUGAAAAUUUACCAGAUUAUAAUAAUAUUCGUGCAGCUAUGUAUUGGUUAAGAGUGUAACUAUUUUUAAGCAUCAGUUAGUGAAAUUUUAAUAUUAAUUAGAAAUAAAAUGAAACUACGAUAUGCAUAUAUGUGCUUCUGAUAAAAUAUCCGUGCGAAUUGAUAAAUAUUAAUAAAUAUAAUUUCUAAUCGAAUAUAAAACUUGU